UUCAUUUGUAUUGGCCUUUAUAACUUACAACAAUACACAUGAUGAUAAAACAGUACUGAGAUGCAUUUUUGGUUAUUUAUUCUACUGUUUUUCAUUCUGAUCAGUCUCUCAAAACUGCGACUGCCAGAUGGAUUCUACAGAGUACCAUCAUGUCCGACACCUAAUAACCUGACGGCUUGGAAGGAAAGAUCGGCUGCCCUAAAUUGUACUGACGACUUGGAAAAUAAAGAUCCUAAAAAACUUACUAACAUAUACAAUUGUAUGCCAAGUAAUUAUCUCAAUGAAACAGUGGAAUUUUGUGGUCGAAUGACAGCUAUAAGAGAAGGUAACUGCCCUGUGUUAAACUAUGAGCACAAAGCCACUACUCCUACAGGACGUGCUUGUUCCAAUUUUACAAACGGAUGUCCACUGAAGCCGUUCUUCACCCGUGAAACAUACAAACGACCUGAAUGCUUGAGCAUCAACCUCCUUUUAAGAUGUUAUUAUGCCGAUCCAAAAUGCCAUAGAAAUCACAUAAGAACAACAACUGCAGUCAACUACUUCAAUGACGAGAACGAGAAAGGUUCACUGUCAUCCAAAGACAUCAUUUUAAUCAUCCUGAGUGCGGUUGUUAUCUUUUGUCUGGCUCUUAUCAAACUACUAAUAAAAUAUCGAACACGAAUGAGAGAUGUUGUCUGUAAAUUAGUGCAUGGGAAAAGAAGCACGAUUCCAAAAGACCAAGAUGAUGAAAUGGGAGUAGAAGAACCUAUGCUUAAACAAAAGGGCGAUCAAAGGGAUGAUAAGUGUUCAGUAGAGCAUACACAUGAAGUGACUAAUAGUGGAGAUAAAAUGGGAGUAAAAGAACCUAUGCUUAGAGAAAAUGGCGAUCAAAGGAAUGACAGAGUAUUAUGGGAGAAAAGAGAACAAACUCAAUACCAUCAUGGAGGUACAUCAUUUAAAGUGACCGUGGACGUUGAACACCAAGAAGAAGUGGAGGAAGGAAAAGAACAGAAUAUUGAAAACAAAGGGACUGAGAAUGAUGUGCAGGAAUGUUCCAUUACUUAUGAAACUGAAGACUCUAAACCAGGAAAACUUGAAGUGGAGGAAGGAAAAGAACAGAAUAUUGAAAACAAAGGGACUGAGAAUGAUGUGCAGGAAUGUUCCAUUACUUAUGAAACUGAAGACUCUAAACCAGGAAAACUUGAAGUGGAGGAAGGAAAAGAACAGAAUAUUGAAAACAAAGGGACUGAGAAUGAUGUGCAGGAAUGUUCCAUUACUUAUGAAACUGAAGACUCUAAACCAGGAAAACUUGAAGUGGAGGAAGGAAAAGAACAGAAUAUUGAAAACAAAGGGACUGAGAAUGAUGUGCAGAAAUGUUCCAUUACUUAUGAAACUGAAGACUCUAAACCAGGAAAACUUGAAGACGAGGAAGGAGAAAACCAGAUUACUGAACAUAGAAAGACUGAAAAUGAUGUUCAAAAAAGUAUCGCAUAUCAUGAGACUGAAGAUGUCGAAAAUAGAAGAGUUGGUAAUUCCGUGAUUUGUUUGGAAACAUCUAAAAACGAUCCAAUUAUCAUGGAUCCUGGAAUAGAUGAAAAUCUUCUUGAUUUCAACUCUUUCUUCUACAAAUUAGUUAAGAAAAUAAUACAAAAGGAUUUGGCGCAAGAUUUUUCCUUGCUCCUUCAUGACCCCACAGAAGAGAACACUGUACCUUCAAAAAAGCAAUUUAUGCAAUGGAACGAAAAAUACAAAUUCCACAGCAAUAUUUGGCGUUUACAACUAUUAUUGAAGCAAUGCAGUGCCAAUGAUCUGGUUGAAGAUUGCUUUGAAUUUGCAAAGAGUAGUCCUUUGAUUCUAACUUAUUUCGAUAGCGCUCCCGUUCAAGAUGAUAACAGGGAAUUAAUAAAGAUUUAUACAACUAUGGAUAUCUCACAAGAAACUGUGUUUUGUGACUUGAAGAGAAUUCGUCGCUUAUUAGCGCAUCGCCUUGAUUUGCCUGAAAGCGAGAUUGAACUUCAUAGCAUUAAGAAAGGAUCAUUAAUAUUUGAAUUUUCUGUUCCUAAAGACAGUGUAAAAAAAUUCAGAUAUGAAGAUUUGUUAAGCAUUUGGCCACUUAAGGUUUUUAAAGUAAAAACAUCGGUUUGGAGUAUGAGACCGGGUCGGAUGAAAUGGAAAUGCAAUUUAAACAUUCAUGCUAUACUACAUCGUAGCAGAAUUCAAGACGGGGUGCCAGUGCAAGUUUUCGCCCAGGCAAUAAAAAGAGAACUUAUAAGGAACUUCGAUCUGAAAAUUUACGUACAUAAGACAAAAUGCAUGGUUUGGAGACAGCCAAGUGCACACUAUAUGACAUCAAGUGAAGAUACACCAAUACCAUCUGAAAAGGAGAUAUUAGAAAACAUGGAGCCUAGUAUGAUUAAAGAAAGGCUUAAACGUUGUUUUCCUGAGUUUAGAAGAGAAAUAGAGGACCUCUUUAGUCCUACAAAUCAUCGAAAACAGACUGCAAAGGCUAUUCUAAAGUUUCUAAGAGAAAAGAAAGGAAAACCGUUUAAGGAAACCUUGAACUUUGUGAUAAAUUUGUACAGAAGCAAGGAAACUCCUAUUUGUGAAACUGAAGACAGAUUUGAUUCAUCAGUGGAUUUACUUCAGAACAUUGAAUGUUUGUUAGAUGAGAUUGAUUCUAGCAUCAUCAAUGAGACUUUUGAGGAAAUUGGAGAUGUGCCUUCCGAUGUAGUGCAAAAAUGUAGUCCAGGAUCGGGAAGGAAAAGAAAAGAGAGGGCAAAAACAUUCUAUGAUUUUGUCAAUCGAAAUAAAUAUCAUUUUCAAAUUUUCAAAAGAAUUUUGCAAAGUAAUGCUGAUUUUUAACGGAGGGAUUGAAAACUCUGCAAGUGUGGGGUGCUAUUUGCACUUAAUUUUUGUAUGUAUGUAUUAUUUACUCUAACAUUGAUAUAUCUGUUGAAAACUGUCUAAUUGUUUACUUAUUU